AUGCCCAACUCGUACACAAAUGCACGGCCCUUUUCGGAGGAGAAUGGAAUGCCGCCUGCCCCUGCUGCUCCGCGGCCUUUCACUCUCGCCGCGCAGGAGUCGAUCAACCCUGUUCCCAAGCUGCUCCUCUCCUUUCCGGUGCCGCGGAUGAUUUCGCAGAUGCACCUCGAAACUCCGUGGCCAAGUGAGGAGGAUACUCCCGCCGGCGCCGCUGACUCCACCACGAAUGCAGCCCAACGCGGAGGGUGGAGCUCGGGGGAGUUGGAUGGCGUCGUGCGCGGAAUGCACCAGUCUGCCCAGCACCUCCUCCUCACUGGGCGAUACGAGCACUUCUUUCAGGAGCAGCUCCACCACGAAGUGGACCCGCGUAUCACCGAGACAGACGAAGGCGUUCGCGGCGAGGAGCGGGCUGCCGACCCUUUCCAGGUAGCUCGUCACGUCAGCACCGCAGCCGCUCCUGGUAUUAAGAAGCUGCUCAGCUCGAUGGGACAGCAGAGCACCGUGUUGGAGGUUCCUCUCUUUCGUAAGAACCACGACGAGCCGCACAAGUCGUCGGCUGCGCUUGCUUUAGGCGGCGAGACGUCCUCGCGACAGCGGGUCCCGCUUACACGAGUACCCAAAACCGAAAUGUGGACAAAAAGCGAAGAUGAGCUGUCGAUGGGUCUGCGGCCGCGGCGCCUCAGCGGGCUUGGAGGCGCAUGGGCUGAUGUUUCUUCCGAAUCGCUCGAUUCCGCCGUUGGUGGUGGUGGUGGCGGCGGUGCUGCCAGUGUCUGCGUUGCUCCUUCAACGACCACGCAUCGCCGCGGUGGCGCGGUGGCUGCGUCCUCUUCUUCAAGGGCGGUCUUGCCCGCGUGCCGCAGCUAUGAGCCGCGCACAGGUGCCGCGGGAGCGAAUUGGGAAUCUGUCGGUCCGGCAGCGCCGCAUGAGGGCAGUGCUUCCCUGUCGUUUGCAGAUUGGGUUUGCCAUCAGCGAAGCACCGGGCCUGCCGAAUCAAGCCUACCGUCGCUUCUCUACUUCAUUUCGGUGUUGCCUUUGCAGUUACACCCUUUUGAUAGCAUCAAGCGAGAACAGCUCUCGCACUUGCUCGCAUCGCUGGUGGCGGCCCCAACGGAGGAGGCAGCGGCGUCGUCGGCCAAACCAACGACGCCUACAGAAAGGGGAGAGGACGACGAUGCGCUACGGUGGUCAGCGCGAGGGUUACUGUGCUGCCAGUGCCUGGCGCAUCCACACUUCCCAACAGAGGCGGUGCCUGAUGGUGUGGUGGGUCGUGUCAUUGACAUCUUCGCUCGCCUCGUACGAGAUGUGUCGAUGCAGCUGCAGGAGGGGCAGCAUCGAAGCGCGGGCGCUGCCUUAACAGAAAAGGAAAAUGAAGAAGGCGGGGCGAAGCGACGGUCUUCGAUGGUGGGCAAGCGUAGCGGCAGCAACAACUCCACUGCUGCCGCUGCUGCUGCCAGUACCUCUUCUCUUCUCCCUUCGUUGGAGCAACUUCGUGGGUUUAUUGGAGCCUUCGCGCUCAUUGUGUGCAACGCACAUUUGCGGCUGGCGGUGGCCAGCGAUGUGCUCCGUCUUGAAGAGCUCUGCCAUCACUGCCUCUUCCGCCUCACCCGCACCUGCACAAAGGAGCUGCAUGCGCUGUGCUCGUCGUACGUGGUGGACACCGCGGUGCGGUUGUACCGCUGCCUCUGGAAUCGCCUUGACGUGCAGCGACAGCGCACCGCGGAGAACUUCUUUCAGCAGCUCCCCGUCUCUGAGUUCCUGACGCAGCGCAGCUACCAGACCCACUUUGACGGACGCGCUGUCCUGCCGCUGACGGUUGCGGUGCUCGCUGCGGCGCAGUCUACCCCGCUCCCACUCGAUGCGAUCGGAGCUGCUGAUGCGGAGGCGUUGCAGCGGCAGUGUGGACUGUGGGUGAACGGAUUUAUUCAAGAGUUUCUGCUGAGCCGCGCCGGCGAGCGCGACAAAGCCGACGGCAGCAUCGCGUGGACCGCGACGAUACGCAUGGCAGAGGACUUGGCUGACCUUCUCGGCGUGCCGGAGUGGCCCGGGGCGGAUCUCCUGCUGCGCAGUUUGGUGAUGGCGCUCGCACAGGUUACGCUGGGGAGUGAAGGGGCCUCGUCCCCGUCAGCUGAGGCGCUGCGCCCACUCACAAUUGAUGUGCUGGGCCACGUCGCCGUGAAGCUGUUCGAUGCACCACGCUUCCCUGUGGCAGCCGCUAUCCUGGCCGAGAUGGAGCGUCUGGGUGAAUCGGCCAGUACCAGCCAAGCGGCUGCCCGCCUGGCCCUCCAGCACGUCGUGGGCACCUCACCGCCUCUUCGCUCAGACGAUCAGCUGGUAUGGGAGCACCUGUGCGGUAGUGCAGUGGGUGCCAGUGCGGCGGACGGUACCGAGGAGGACCACCGCGUGCAAGAUCUGAUCGCGGCGGUGUACCUGGCUGAGUCGCGGCUCAUCGCAGACCCCUCCACCUCUGCCGACUACGCAUCGGUGUGGUUGCACGUCCGGGCCGCGCGCCUCAUCUCGUGGGUGUGCCUCCACGACGUCGCAGGCCCUGAUUGGGUUCCUCCGGCCAAUCUGGAUGCGCUGGUACGCUGGAAAGGACCACCCGGUGGUAGCAGCAGCAACAGCAACGGCCAAUCCACAAACUGGGGCGAUGUCUGCGCGUGGACGCAGGCGGUUAGUACACAAUCUGGUAAGUCGAUGCUGAGUCUGCGCAUGCGGCACACCCUCGUCUCGAUGCUCUUCUCCGUCUUCCAUCUGAGGGACGCGCAGGAGGCGGCGGUCCCCGUGACGGAGGUGGUGCAGAGGAAGACGCUCGCCCACUUGGCACGCCUCACCACGCUGCACCCACCGCUGCACCGCUACCUGUGGCCCAUUGUGCGUCAGUGCGUUCGCGACGACAGCGCGCGGGUGCGGGAGUCUAUCGUGCCGCUGCUGCUCACGCUGCUGAGCGACGCAGCGGCGGCCGAGGUGAACACGGAUGCAUCCAGCGCGGGGCAGCUGCCGGCGCUCUCGCGAGAGGGCAUCACGGCAGAAGUGAUCAGCAGUCUCCUGCACCUGUUGGCCGACAAGAGCGUCUCGGUGGCCUCGCGCACCAUCACGGCUCUCGACACCUUUCUGACGGACCACAGCUAUCAAUACCUCUUCACCACCCCACAAGGCGCCUCCCUCAUAUCCUUUAUUCAGCAGAAGCUGCUCUUCUUCGCCAGUCCCACCGCCGAGCCGAAGCACCACCAGGAAGUCGUGAAGCACUUCUUGCAUCGGUGGGUCGUGACGCUGGCGGACAGCGACGGCUCCCUCACCGGGGCACACGCGCAGCUGGCGAAAGAGCUGGUGACGCUGACCGUAGCGGGUGCCACGGAUUUCCCGUACGACGUUACAGAUGAGCACCUUCUUGUGCAGCUGCUGCAGCGGAUGCACGCCCACAUAUCGGCGCACGACCCCGCCAUCGAGGGGGCACGGCAAGCCACCGCCAUCGCUGCUGCCGCUGCGAACGCGUCUGUUGCACCCACCGCGUCGCCGCACCCCAAACGGCGCUCGCGGGGCUACCGCGUAGACGUCGGCCAGCUCCUCCACGUCAUGCGUUGUGCGGCGCAGUCGCUGUGGAUGCGUUACCAGUGCUUUCACUCCGGCGGUGACGCCGUGGCAUGCCUGGCAACCUUGCGUGUGCUGACGCUGGCGCGCAGCGAGUGGGUCAUGCCGCUGGCCGAGGUCCUGGUGCAGGCGCUUGCGUACCCACCGCCCACCACGUCACCGCUCGCCAGCGCGGCCGAGGCGUUGGGCGGGUCGCUGCUGCAACUCUGUCAGAUCCUGCACGGUGUCCUGCACGCGCCGAAGCGGCCGCUGAUCUCGCUUGACUACCUGGCGCGGUGCCUGACCACGCUGCUCUCCAAGUACGUUGGGCCCUAUCAGCAGCGCGUCAUUGUGGCGUCGUGUGGGGCCUUGUGUGCCUUGAUCACGUGCGGCGCCAAGCACCGCCUCUCCGCCCAAGUCAACGUGCCAUAUCUGCAGCUGUGCUACUCGCUCAUGAACACCUACUACUGCCGUGUGCGUGCGCUGCUCCCCACCUUGGCAACGCAGCCGCACAGUGUCGCCUACACGCAGCGCUUUUUGUUUCUGCUUUCCGAAUUCUUGCGUAUGUACCCGGGGUGGAAGCAGCAGCCGCCGCAUCCCGCGCUCGUCGACGCCGCCGUGGGCAGCAGUGGUGCACAGGCAAACGGUGCGUCCGCUACGCCAAACCAACUCGCCAGCGGCCCUGGCAUUACGGCAAACACCUACCAACUGUUGGAAGACGUGCUGCAAAGCUGCAGCGGCAGCCGCAUACGCGAGCGGGUCGUCGUCAUUGCACUGCGCGUCGUCGCCUCGCUGUGCAUGCUGGACCCCACCACGUACUUCCACCGUGCGGAGACUCAGAUACGCGACGCUCUCACUUCUGCAGAUCACAAUCUUCAAUUACAGGGGCUGUCGCUGUUGUCAGACUUCUUGAAGGAGGAAGAUGAACGGGUGGAUGCCGCGGCGCACAAUGCGGCACGCCUCGACACGACAGCACUGAUUGUCGGCUCGCGCGCAUCUGCCUCUACAAGUCGCAGCGGUAGCCGCAGCAGUGAGGACGAGAAGAGCUCUCAGAGGUCAAAAGCGAAGGCAAGACCAGCAACGGCACCCGGCACCACUCGGCAAGGGAGAGGGGCAAAACAGGUGCCCCACGAAAGCUCCACAGCCGCUUCCGCGUCUACGCGCAAAGCAUCUGGACGGGUUAAAAAAGUCGCCGCCGCAGCAUCGGCAGCCGCGGCAACGACAGAGGACUUCAACAGCGGAAUGUCCACGUGGAUCUUCCAGCAGUUCCACGGCGACAUCGCACGUCUCGGCUGCAGCAGCGCCCACGUCCCCGUGCGUUCGCUCUGUCUUCGGCUGUUUCGGCAAGCCGCGCAGGGAGGGCUGCUUCCGCCGGACAAGUACGUGCGGGUCGUCAUUGCCCUCGCGGCAGACGUGCACGCGCCGCUCCGCCAGCAAGCCGCCGCGAGUCUCGCCGCGCACUGCGAUCGUCACGAAGAGGUGGUGUCGGCGUCGGUCGGCCGUGGCGUCGUGCUCGCCUUUGACCUCCACCACGCCUGCAGAGCGCAUCUUCUCCGCAGCGCCGUCGUGGUCACCCCGUCGCCUUCUGAGCCGGCUGGGACGUCGGGCAGCAGCAGCACCGGUGAGCAGAGUGUGCACGGUGUGCUCUACGCUCUGCUUCACAAGCGAUCGCGCGACAACAUGAUCACCACCCUUGUCCGUCUCUUUUACCAAGAUGCUAGGGUGACGCAUUGGUGUGCGGAGCACGCGGAGGAGUUGGCCGUGUGGGCGUCGCCGCUGACUGCCGCUGCCACGGUUGCCGCCGCUUCCCCGGUGGGUAUCUUCGGUGCCAUGCACCCGCUUCUCUUCUUGUCCCACCUGACGCUGGUGCUUUUUACCCUGCCCUUCCAACACGAGAGUGACGUGAUGCACGUCCUACAGCAAUGCCGGGUCGCACUGGACCUCAACGGCCAGUCCGCGCUGGACUGGCUAAAAGACACCGAUGCAGAUGCCGUUGCCGGCGGUGGCAUGACGAUGCAGUGGAAGGCGAUCGGUGCGCUGCUGCUUUACUACCUCCGCCGAGCCCUCUUCUCCGAGUAUCGGCUGUCCGAGACGAAGGUGCAGCGUUACCGGACACGUGAUAAGCAAUCUAGGGCUGGGAGCAACGGACACGGCUCGGCCCCGUUACGCGGGCGCGAUGCCGCAGAGGGAUUGGGUGCAGCCACCGCCUUGAUGAAGCGACUGCAAGAACUUGUAGAACGGGUGGGCGCCGCCCUCGUCGCUGCACUCGGAAAGGAAGGCAGAGCGGCGCGCACCGCGGCGUGGCAGUACGUCAGCGCAGAACUGGAGACGGCACUCAUGACUGAGACAGCAGAGGACUCCGGGCGAGAAGGAACGGCAUUGUCAGGCGAACGCGACCGCAAGAGGACACGCACAGGCGGCAAAGCGAGCGGGGCGGAGGAGAAACAGAUGAAAAAGUCCGCUGCACGGAAGCGCAAGCGAGCACGCUCGUCCUCCGGCGAGGAGACCCCGAGCAGCGCAGAAGAUAGCGACGAAGAGGUGACGUCGCCCUCUACGGCGUCAAGGAGCGUUUCCGCGACGCGGUCAACGCCAACCUCGUCCUUGUCGUCGUCGUCCGCAUCCGCCACGCCACUCAUCAAGGCGAGCGUGGACCGUCUUGCGGAGGAAGAUGACGGGGACGCGUAG